CGGACGUCAAACCGGAAGGGAAUGGCGGCAGCCGCUCUAAAAAGACUUUGGUCGCGAAGCCGCGGGGAUGCAGGGGACUCGGCAACCGCGAAGCCAAGUGUGUGGGCGAGGUUGGGUGCCUGGGCUCGCUCACUGCUCCGGGACUACGCGGAGGCUUGCGGGGACGCGGCGGCAGCGGCGCGGGCCCGGCCCGGCCGUGCCGCAGUAUACUUGGGAUUGCUGGGCGGCGCGGCGACCUGCUGCGCGCUCGCGCCUAGCGAGCAGGCCUUCGAGGAGGCUCUGCUCGACGCGUCGGGGACUCUGCUGCUGCUGGCGCCCGCCACGCGAAACCGCGACUCGGAAGCGUACGUGCAGCAGCUGCUUUGGCUGCGGGGCCGCGGACGACUCCGCCACGUGAAUCUGGGCCUCUGCUCACUGGUGUAUGAGGCUCCCUACGACCCCCAGGCCAGCCUUUACCAGGCCCGCUGCCACUAUCUGCAGCCUCGUUGGGCGGAGUUCCCAGACCGGAUCUUGGACGUGGGCUUCGUGGGUCGUUGGUGGGUGCUGGGGGCUCGGAUGCGCGACUGCGACAUCAACGACGAUGAGUUCCUCCACCUGCCUGCACAUUUGCGAGUUGUCGGGGCUCAUCAGCUGAAUUCGGAAGCCAAUGAGAGGCUCUUUGAUGAGAAGUAUCAGCCUGUCGUGCUCACCGACGAUCAGGUGGAUCAGGCGCUAUGGGAGGAGCAGGUCUUGCAGAAGGAAAAGAAGGACAAGCUGGCCCUGAGCCAGGCCGAGUCUCUGAUGGGGAGGGCCCGAAAUGAAACCCAGUGAGGCCUGGAUCCGGUCCCAGCCCCAAGCCCUGGCAGACUGUUUGCCCGGGACUGUGCAGUUGGUGUGAGUGAGCUUCAAGUGCAGAGUGACUGAAAUAAAUUAUAUGUAGAGUGUUCUCGCUGGGUUUUCAUAAAAUCGGGGAGCCUUUCUCCCUCUCACAUUUUUCCUAAUGUUGAAGCUAAUUCAGCCUUUUUGGUCUAGGAGUUGGAGAGAGCAAAAGCAACAAGACCAUAUAAUGUUAAUCACUGCCAAAGUUAGUAAUGGGCUUUAUACCUAAGUAAGCUUUUUUUAUUGGUCCUUGUGCCCCCCCCCCCCCGACUGAGGCAUUAUGUCUAACAGGUGACUCUCAGGCUCUCCUAAAACCAUUCAGAUUUUUGUUUUAAAUUUUAAGCUGCAAUGUUUAUACUCUUAAUUUUUAUGAGUAGCAUUUUUGUUUUAAUUUACUUUGAAAUAAUUACAAUACUAGAGUAAACUGGAAAAAUAAUACAGGGCACCCUUUGUACUCUGUCCAGCUUCCCCUAAAUGGUAACAUUUUACAUAAGCAGUGCCAAACUAGAGAUUGACAUUGGUAUGACUUUGGAUUUUACAGAGAAACUUUUUGCAAAAACAGCAUGCUUCUACCAUUUGUGUACUAAUAGUGAUAUUAAAGUGAGUUGGAAUGAUAAAA